AUGCAGACAGGUCAAAGCUGGGUCUUGUACGAGAAGCCCAACUUCAAAGGGGAGAAGAUAGCUCUGGACGAGGGGGACAUAGAGCUCACCUAUCCCUUCGACCCCCCUGAGGAGGAGGAGGAACAACAAUCACAGCGGAAUGGAGAGAACGGACAGAAUGGACAGAAGGUGGGAGGAGAAGAAGUGGUGGCGGCCAAGCCGGACAGGAGGUUCAUCAUAGGAUCAGUACGAAGAGCAGUCAGGGACUACAGUGUGCCAGAGAUCAGUCUGUUCCCAGAGGAGAAUGCAGAGGGGAAGAAGGUGAUCUUCAGAGACACGUCAGAUGACGCCAGGAUAUUCGGCUUCCCCAUCAAAGCCAACUCCAUCAUCAUCAACGCUGGACUAUGGCUGGUGUAUGCUCAGCCUUUCUUCCAGGGCGUACCACGUGUUCUGGAGGUCGGGGGGUUCCCCAACCCUGCAGCCUGGGGCGUGGAACAACCCUACGUGGGCUCAGUGCACCCUCUCAAAAUCGGUGAACCAAGAGUGGAGAAACCUGGUGAGCCCAAGCUGGUGCUCUAUGACAAGCCCUACUUCACUGGGAAGAGCAGGGUAAUCUACACCAACAUGAGAGACUUCAUGACCAGAAUGGACAGACGGCAGACUGCCUUCAUGUGCAGCGCUGGAUCCAUCAAAGUACAGGGAGGCUGCUGGGUGGGCUAUGAGAAGGAGGGUUUCCGAGGCCACCAGUAUCUGUUGGAGGAGGGAGAGUACCACGACUGGAGGGUGUGG